UCCUCAGAUGAGCUGCACCAACACCAAUACGGCAACCUCUGCAGUUACCCAAAAGCUCAAACCAGUUUUCUAACGCUUUCUUCAUCUAUCUAGCUAUCUCCAUCAUCCUAGCUUGUCUUAAUUACUCCCACACAGUUCUCCAGCAACUAAGAAUGGCGGCCAAGAGGCUUAUUGAUGAUCAAUCCCGUCGUGAACCCAACGACCAAGAUCCCAAAAAGAGGAGAACUACACCUUCUUUCGCAGCUGUAAUUGGAGAAGUUGUGAUGGUGCAAUAUUUCCAGAAAUUUGUUUCAUCCUUGGAGCCAUUGCUUCGAAGAGUGGUGAAUGAAGAGGUGGAACGUGGGCUCAGACGCUGUGCACGUCUCUCUAGGGAACCCUCACUGCAAAUCAGAGCUGCAGCAGAAGCUUCAACCUUAACACUUAGCUUCAGCAAAAAACUCUCACUUCCAGUCUUCACUGGAAGCAAAAUUGAAGAUGUGGAAAAUAGCCCACUUCAAAUCCUUCUCAUGGACACCAAUGGUGAUCGGAGUAUUCCAACUGCUUUACCUUGUCCUAUCAAAGUAGAGAUUGUUGCUAUCGAUGGGGACUUCCCCUUGGGGGACAGUGACAAUUGGACUAGUGAACAAUUUAACAGCAAAAUUGUCCGAGAAAGAGAAGGAAAGAGGCCACUGCUCACAGGAGAUCAUGUGGUUGUCACUGUAAGGGAUGGUUUUGCUAUGAUAUCUGAUUUAUCAUUUACCGAUAAUUCGAGUUGGAUUCGAAGUCGAAAGUUCAGACUGGGAGCAAGAGUGGUACCGGGGAGUUGUCAAGGUGUUAAGAUCCAUGAAGCAAUGACAGAACCCUUCAUGGUUAAAGAUCACAGAGGAGAGUUGUACAAGAAGCACCAUCCGCCAUAUCUGGAAGAUGAAGUUUGGCGUCUUGAGAAAAUUGGGAAAGAUGGGGCCUUCCAUAGGAAGCUAGCUUCAGAGGGCAUCCACAAAGUCCAGGACUUGUUGAAGCUGUGGGUCGUGGACAGCACAAAGCUUAGAAAGAUUUUGGGUGGAGGGAUGUCGGACAAGACAUGGGAAGCAACAAUAAAGCAUGCAAAAACGUGUGUGAUGGGUACCAAGUUGUACAAAUUCGAUGGACAAGGACUACAUUAUUCCAUUGUCUUGAAUCCUAUAUGUCAAGUUGCAUGGAUCAUUGUCGACGGUCAAUUCUACAAUACCCAUGAUCUAACAGGAGCCCAAAGGGCUCAUGUUCAAAAGUUGAUUAGAGAAGCCUACAUGAAAUGGGAUUCGUUGGAAGAGUUUGAUGGAAUGGUCAAUGAGAAUAUUGCUCCGCAACCAUUAGGUGAUAUGGAGGUGCAAUGUUUGAAUCAUCAUCAAAACAUUGCGAGGUUGAACCACCACAAUACUUUUAUUACGGAUACGUUCCUCGUCGAGGUGCCCAAUGGAAUCAUGGAAUAUGAAGGAGAUCAGCCACAAAAUUUGACAUAUUUUAACCCUCAAGUUGGAAAUACAAAUGUUUACAACAUACCGGAAUACUCAUCAGAGCGUGAUUCAACGCCACCACGGAUUUACUUCAGUUGAAAAUUAGUUCAGUCACACAACAUACAUUAGGUCAGCAUGAUUUCAUAAAAGGAGAGGGUUGUUUGAGCAAGAGGGAUAGUUGCGCCUUCACACAUAAAUCUUUCUAUUCUCUAAAAAAAAAAAAAAUUAUGUGACAAGGCAUAGAUUAUGCUGCUUGCUCAAAGAACCUUUUUUCUGUCAUGAAAUUCUCUUUAUAAGUCGCCGCCCUAGGGUGAAAUUUUUGUGGCUUAGGCGCAAUAAAUAGUUUAUUAUGUGAUUUGCAACCAUGAUGGUCAUGAAUGAUGUAUGCCUUCCUUUUUAUCAGUGUUUACGUUUUUCUUCCAUCCAACCAACAAAAAAUGUUGUUGGCUGUGUAUAUAUUCAAAUCAAGAAAUAUAUUUUUUCUUUUGGUUUUAAA